ACCCAAACGGCAAGCAUACUUCCAAAAUCCUUCUUCAGUCUGUUUCUUGUCCUCUUUUACCAUCUUGGCGCCUAUAUAAACUCCCAUGAAUGCCCCCUUCAAUGAGUAGUCUCAGCUUUUUGAUUUGACAAAACUAUGUCUUCUUCUUCUUCUUCUUCUUCUUCUUCUUCUUCUUCUUCUUCUCCUUCUUCCCUUGCUGUACUGCUAGUACUGGUUACUGUAAUAUCUGUAACUUCUGCUGGAAACUUGUACCAAGAAUUCGAUAUCACAUGGGGAGAUGGUCGUGGCAAGAUACUCGACAAUGGCGUACUUCUUACUCUGUCGCUUGACAGAUUUUCUGGCUCCGGGUUUCAAUCCAAGCACCAGUACUUAUUUGGCAAGAUCGAUAUGCAGUUAAAGCUUGUCCCUGGUAAUUCUGCUGGCACAGUCACUGCAUACUACUUACGAUCUCAAGGCCCAAGUUGGGACGAAAUAGAUUUCGAGUUUCUUGGUAACUUGACUGGUAAUCCGUACAUUGUUCAUACCAAUGUGUACGCUCAAGGAAAAGGUGACAGAGAACAGCAGUUCUAUCUCUGGUUUGAUCCAACUGCAGAUUUUCAUACCUACUCUGUUCUUUGGAAUCCUCAACGUAUUGUCUUCUAUGUAGAUGAGGUGCCGAUUAGGGAGUUCAAGAACUUGGAAAGAUUGGGCGUGCCAUUUCCGAAGAGCCAGCCGAUGAGGUUAUACUCGAGUCUGUGGAAUGCCGAUGAUUGGGCGACCAGAGGUGGUUUGGUGAAGACGGACUGGAGCCAAGCUCCUUUCACUGCCUCCUACAGGAACUUUCAUACCGACGCUUGUGUCUGGUUAUUGGGGCGAUCUACUUGUAAUUCAAGAUCACCGGUGGCUCAUUCUUGGCUCUCGCCGGAGAUGGGAUUCGCCAACCGGCAAAAGCUCAGCUGGGUCCGGAGGCGGUUCAUGAUUUACAAUUACUGCGUCGACGCUAAGCGAUUUCCUCAGGGUCAACCAAGAGAAUGCACCGUGAGCUGAACAGAAAAACCCAUAUAUAUUGUAUGAUAAAGGCCUUGUUUUCAAGUAUAGUGUGUCGUUUCCGUUUAGAUUUUCGGUCUUGUGUUGUCUUGCUUGUAAAUAUGACAGAAUGUAUAUUUAAAAUAAAUAGCCUGCUCUGUUUUUGUACAGUACAAAUAGGGUAAAAUUUUGGAGUGCGUAAAAUCAUGCAGCAGUUUCUAUGUGGGUAAAUCCAAAUUCACACAGUUCUCGAGUCUUUCUGACUCAAUGUCAUUGACGGGACAAAAGUUCAGUUCGUGAUGUAAGUAGGAUAAGACAGGGAAACCAAAACAUGUUGAGUUUUAAGAACAGAACAGAGGUGGACGAUGAUGGGGCCUUGGCAGGUUACUAUGAUUUUCUAUUGAGAUAUGCACACA